CUCUUUGAUAAUUCCCCUAUGAGAAUUGAGAAAUCGAAAAUCCUCCAUUUUGUCAGCAUCAUUUGAAGCUUGGUAGGAAGAAUUCCGGCCCGGCGUCCUAUUGAACUUUUUGAUUUCUACUGUUGUGAAUCGAUUAUUGUGAUUUUUUGUGAAAUAUUUAUUAAUAUUUGGUGAAUAAUUCACUAGUCAUGGCUAACAGAAGACUCAUGGGAAUGGGCAAUAGAAGCGGAAAUCGCUCUUUUUCUCAGCAGCCGUUUCAAGGCAACGUUAAUCCUUGGCAAGGAAAUAUGUCCAAUGACAUUAAUCAGGGAUUCAUGAAUCCAUUAUCAAACCCCCAACAGCUUGCUCUUGCUAUUACUAGUCUACUGCAGCCACAGCAGCAACCAAUGAAUAAUCCACCGUCAUUACUUUCUUUGAAUGCUGCUCCUGCUUAUAACCAAGACCGAGAUCUUGGUCGAUUUGGCAAUAGAGGUCGGUCUGAUUUUAGACGCCCUGAGCCUUAUAACAAGAAUAGUCGUGGUGGAUGGCGCGAUUAUCAGCAAGGUCGUAAUCGUAAUAGAAACCAGAUCAAGAACAAAAACGUCACACCUAAGAAAGUAGAGGAGAAAAAGAAGGAAGAGAAGAAGGCAAAUGAUUCUGUUGACUUAUCCACUGAUGAAGGAGAAGAUGAGAAGAAAAGAGACUGGAAGGAAGAGAAGAAUACACUUGAUGAAAAUCAGGAUCAAGAAAUGAAAGACGAAAAUGACGAGUCUAAAAAAAAGGACAAGGAAGGAAAAUUCACUGGUAUUCCACAGCAUCUUUUACAUUGCUUCGUUUGCAGUAAAGAUAUGUGGGAUGGGGAAAGUUUUGAGAAACAUGUUAAGGGAAGAGCUCAUAAGCAGAUGUUGGAGAGUUUGGAAGAAAGUAUGAGUAUUACUGUUAGCAUAUUGCGUGAGAAUAUGCGUUUGGCAGAGGAAAAGAAGUUGAUCGAAUUGAAUAGAAUGCAACGUCUGAAUAAGAAACCCAUUCGUAACAAAUUUGCUGAUGUGGAAAGUCAUUGCAAUAUGUGCGACUUCAAAUUUCUUGGAAAGAUUAUUUCGCACAGGAAGAGUGAAGGACAUCAAAGACUUAAGCGAUUCUUGCAUCCUAAUUGCAAUAUGUGUGUCAAAGAAUUUCCAUCUCGUAUGGAAUGGGUUGAUCAUCGCUUGAGUCCCGAGCAUUUACGAGAACUUGCUAAGUUCAUGGAAGAGAACAGCAAAAGUGAUGGCGCCCAAGUUGUUGUCAAAGAUGAAGAUAACAGUGAAUUUGAUUUGGAGCCAUUAAUGGAUGAAGUAACUGAGCAAGAAGAUGAUUUCCCAAUUCUUGAAUUGGACGAUGAUCUCCAUGAUUUGCAGAAUAGAAUCCCAGCUUUUCGUAAAACAAGACUUCUAGGGUCAAAAUCUCUAGUGCCCUUCAGUGGAUUUAUGUGUGAGAUUUGUAACACUAGUUUUCCAUCUGAAGAACUCGCUCAGAAUCACUUGAAAUUGAGGAAGCAUUAUCUCAAGUUUGUUGAGGCUGCCAAGAAUAAAUAUCAGAAGCAAUUGCAAGAAGAGAAAGAAAAAGCUGAGAAAACUGAGCAAGAAGAGCAAGUGACAGUUGUAAAGGAAGAAGAUGGUGAGGAUGCCAAUGAAGAAAAUGCUGAUAAUUCACAAGAUGUAAAUGAUUCUGAUAUGUAUGAUCCAGAAGAGGCAUGCACUGAAGAAAUAGAGAAGGAGAAGGUUGAUGAACUUAAACCAAAUGGUGAUGACAAACCUGCUACUGAAGUAAAAGUUGAAGUUGAUAAAGCAGUUGAAGUAAAAGAGCAAAAUACUUCACUUACUGAGGGAGAAGCCAAGCCUGCUGGACAAAGUACUCCUGCUAGGCCCAAGAGACAAGCUACCACUAAUGUGAAAAAUGGAGCUGGUCCAAAGAGCAAAAAAACCAAAAAAUAAAUGGAAUACUUCACCUAUAGAUAAUAUGACUUGAUUCUUCAUUUUUUUAGAAUAGUUUCUAGUUAACCUCAUGAACUUUCUUAGGUUUUGAUUUAUAGGUGUGUCCUUACCAAAUUUUUCAGAUAUUAUUUUAAUUAAGUAUAUUCUUUUGAAGGAAUAGAAUAUUAUGGGAAUUGCAAUCCUUUUUUGUAUUGAGCUUUUAACAGAUCUGAGAGAAGUAAAAUUGUCAAAACUUGUAAACAUGAGCUUACAUAUUUUGACAAUCUAUAAAGACAGGAAUUUUGUUAUUGGAUUAAAUCAAUCCAUUUUUUGUGACAUAUUUAUGGAAUGAGUAUUCGUAAUUUUGCUUUUUUGAUCAAUUCUUUACACAAAUAUAACUGAAAUGUG